CCCUUCAAACAAGGCGUUACUCAAGUUAGAGUUAUUUGCCAAUCUUCAACAGAAAUGGGGUUUUUGGAGCAGGGAAGGGUUUAAUCGUUUCUCUCACGAAAUUAUCGAUUUUCAUCUCUAACAUGGGCGUCCCUUUAAGGUUUUCUCGAAUCAAUGGCCGCUUCAUUCUCUAAACUAGUCGUUGGGAUGUAUUCCUCACCUGGAUUUUGAUUUCUCUACAAAUUGAGGGUUUCUUUCACCGCUUGUGAAGGAAUGGCGCAGGACGUUGAGGCGCAGCAAGACAAGCCGUCCAAUGCCUGCUGCGCCAAGUUGCAAAAGAAGCACUCAAAGCUCUUGGAGAGGUGCGCGAAGCUUGAACAGAUCAAAAACAAGUUUCGCGACUGCACCUUAGCGAUGCAGCAGAGAUGCGAUGUGGUCGAGAGAGAUAGGGAGAGUCUGAGGAGAGAUAAUGAGAGUCUGAUGGAAGCAUCAGAAAAACUCAAAGUGCAGGUUAAUUUAUGGAAUAGUGAGAAAGAUAUAGAGGCUGGUCGGCGUGCUGAUCUUGAGGUUCAGUUGCUGAAGCGAAACAGUGGUUCUGCUUCUCGCAGAGGAGAUGAGCAGCUUCGCAUUGCUCAAGCUGAGGAAGAAAUUAAGCUAUUGAAGGAGCUUCUGGACCGAGAGAGGGGGAAGGCAGCUUCCGAAAAGAAGCGCACUGAGUUGGAGAAGAAGAAAGCUGAUGAGGCGUUGAAGAAGUUAGAGAGUGUAGAGAGAAAAAAGGCUGAGGAAUAUAAACUUCUGUGGGAGAAGUUACAAAAAGAAAAUGAUGAUAUGAAGCCAAUGUUAUCUUUGGAGAAAUCUAGAUCUAGAAAUGCAGAGAAACAGAAAGCCAGUAUAGGAAGACAAAGGGUUGACUUGGCAGUGGCUAAACCUGAAGAGCAAAUUUUUGUUGCUGAAACAAGUUUGCAGAAUGAUCGAGCCGAUGAUUUGAAUCGGAAAUUGGAACAAGCUAGGAAAAGGGUAGAACAAUUAGAGGGUGAGUUGCUUAAACAUAAAUGCUCUGAAGAAUCUAAAGAUAGGCUUCUGUUGGAGAUGUUAAAAAAAGAAACUGAUGAUUUAAAGUCAUUGUUGGCUUUGGAGAAAUCUAAAUCUGAAGCUGCCCACAAAAAGUUGGAAGCAGAGAAACAGAAAACCAUCAGGGAAAGAAAGAGGGCUGACUCGGCAGUUGCUCAAAAAAGAAUAGCUGAAAAAUGUUUGGAGAAGGAUCAAGCAGAUGAUUUGAAUCGGAAGUUGGAACAAGCUAAGAAUAGGGUUGAACAAUUGGAGGAUGAGUUGCUUAAACAUAAAUGCUGUGAAAAAUCUGAAGAUAGGCUUUUGUUGGAGAAGUCUAAAAAGGAAACUGAUGAUUUAAAGUCAAUGUUGGCUUUGGAGAAAUCUAAAUCGGAAGAUGCUCACAAAAAGUUGGAAGCAGAGAAACAGAAAACCCUUGGACAAAGUAAAAGGGCAAAGUUGGCGGUGGACAAAUCUAAAGAGCAAAUUAAUCUAGCUGAAGCAAAUUUGAAGAAGGCCAUGUAUGAGAAAGCUCGAGCAGAUGAUUUGAGUCGGAAGUUGGAAGAGGCCAAGAAUAGGGCUGAUAAAUCCAGUCCCAGCAGGAAUGCAGUAACAGCCACUGAUAUACGCACUGAAAUGCUAAAGAAUGACACCCACUUCCAUAAGUGGGUGGAAAAGAUGCUUUUGGAGAAAGAACAUGAUAUCGUUAGGGAGAAAAAGCGUGCAGAUUCAGCAAAAAAGAAAGCAAAGAAACAGAUAAAAGUUGCAGAAGAAUACAAAAAGAUUUCCAUGGAACAAAAAGAUAGGGCCGAUCAACUAUCUGGGCAGUUAGAGACGUACAAGCUCAGGUUAGAAGGGUUGCAGAAGGAAAUGCAGGCGUUUGUAUCAUUGAGAAUUUAUGCUGGCACUUCUCCCAUGAUAAACGAUGAUGUCAUUUAUGAAACUGAUACAGUUGAACUUCUGAAGAAACAAUUGAAGCUAGAAAAGCUGCUUGCAAAACAUGCCAAGGAAGCGACGAAGAUAGAAGCUUUACGUAACACGAUGCUGCGACAAGAAUUAUGUCACCUAAAGCAGGAGAGUGUUCAGUUCCAAAAGCACAUGAAUAUACUACUAGAUAAGAGUUUCUUGCAUGGCCCUGAAGGUAUAGAUCAGUUGAAAAAGAUUGGCAGUGAAACCACGAAAAGAGAAGUAUUAGGCUCUGAUGGGAGUCGCAGGCGAGUCAUGUCAGGUAUAGAUUCUAGGAUGGAUCCUCCUUAUCGAGGUUCCAACCAAAAAAUGUUACAGAGUUCUGCCAUAUAUUCCAGUUCAGCAUCUUUUUCUGAUCGGCCCUUGGUGGGAUCACAGGAAAGAGACACAUUCUCUAUUAUGACAUCAGCUAACCUGGGGGAGGAUAUAUCAAACUUCAAACCAAAGAUACCUAAUAAGAUGCAAAGCGAUCAAAAUGUAGCUAAAGCUGAUAACAGAACUAGUAGUCCAAUCAAAGACAGUUCUAGUAAAAGAAGACUUGGCUUGCGUCAGAAAAAGAGGAAUCUUGGUGCAGUAGAGUCUAUAGAAAAUUUGCAUGGUAAGGGUGAGAAGUUGCAUCAACAUGUGUCUGAAAAUUUAGCCAUACUGCAUGAUACUCUCAAUGGCCAAGUGGAUGAUUCACAGGAAGAGAGCCUGAAAGGAACUACUUACACAGAGUUUUUUAGACCUCUCAAGAAGAGAAAACCCUCUUCAGAGGGAACUGUAAUUGUUGAUCAUUUGCAGAAUUCUGGGGAGUCAAAAGGCACCGACAGUUCUGAUAUCAAUAACUCAGAUCCCUGUGUGCCUGCUUCAUCACCAGGGUCUGAUGCUGUCAGAUCUGAUUUGUGUGGUGAGGAUGGAACAAAUAAUAUUUUAGAACACAACAUGUCCACUUCUCCAGAUUUUGACCAGAUAGUCACUGGUGACCAUAUGAAGUUACUGGACAUGGACAAUGCCGCUGAUGAAGACUCCUAUCAUAGAGCUAUUGCCAGACCCCUAUCUCCUACUCUGGCUGAGGUUGAAGUAGUUAGCUCUGAGAUGCUGGCAUGUAGGAGUUCCCAACUGGGACUGUCAACUGUGAGUAGAUAUCCAGUUAUUGAAAUGGAGAAGAAUCUCACUAAUGUUGCACCCAAUGGCUCUGAUCCAUUGCUGUUACAAAUGGAGCAUAAUUCUGAUACCUUAUCAGAGAAUACGACUCCUUCGGCAGCAAGUGAUACUCAUUGCCAAGAAAUCCAUGUAACAAGUGGGAUGUUGGGAACAGGCUGUCUUUCUUGUCCUGGAAAUGAGGGAACAAUUGAAACAUGUGAAAAGGGAAGUGCAUCUAGUUGUGGUGAAGCUCUGAAGUGUUUUAUUGUACUCUCAGACAACAAAGACAACUUAAGCAUUUUGCGGAUCCUUCAGACAAUUUCCAGUUUCAUGCCACAAUAUUCUUUUGAUCAUUCAGUGGAGACAUUCGUUCAAAAUGUUAUACACACCAUUUCUAAAGCUAAAGACCUCUCAACUAGGGAAAAGGCAUGUGUCUUCUUGUCACUGAUACUGCCUGAAAUUUCAGAACUAGGACUCAAAAACUUGAAAAUUUUAGGUGAUAAUUUUGUCCAGGCUCUUGCUUCAGUGACCACGCUCUUCAACUCAGCACUAUCUGAUCCAUCUUUGAAAAGGAUGGCUAUGGAGUCCUGUGGUUUGUUUGAAUUGCUCGCUAUCAUUGAAGAUUUCCUUCAACAGAGUAAAAUUUUUGUCUAUGGUGGUGUAUAUGCUGAGUCAGAAUCCCAUGUUACUUCCAAAUUGGACUUAAUUUUAAAUGGCAAUCCUAUAAUGCUGCUGGAAGUGGCUGCUUCAGCUCAUCUGCUGAUUGCAGGGGGUAGUCUAUUAGCAUCAUUGUGCCUCGCUGUUGAUGAUAUUGGUUAUGUUUGUGAGAUAUCAUACAACAUUAUUAGAACCCAGAAGCUUGACCGUCCAGUGAUGUUGGCUAUUCUUCAUGCUUUUGCCCUCAUAUGUGGCUCCAAGUACUUUACCCUUCAGCAUUACUCUGUAGCUAUGACUGUAGUAAAAUCUGUGGUUAUGUUUCUUGAGGAGCAAACUUUGUCAGCCAGUUCUACAUCCUUAUCCCUGUCAGAUUCUAGAAACCCAUCUAGCAUGCUGUUGUGCACACAUUGUCCAUUCUCCGAAGGUGCAGUUUCUGUGGAAAAUGCUGCAGUGAUGCUGUUAGAGAACCUCCAAAAGCAGUGUCAUUGUGGGUUAUGGCCACAAGAUUCACUUGCCUUAGUCAGUUUGCUGGUUCCCACACUUCCGAUCCAUGAGGAGGGAGACAAGGUAGUUUCUGGCUCGGGAGAGACUGCCUCAUCGAGUUUGGCAUGUGAUGAGACUUUAUGCAACUUCCUUGAUAUUUUUUCUUUGGUUGAGGUUCUAGCUUCAGUCAUGAGCUGGAAGUGGACAUCUGAUAACAUCAUAGGGCCGAUUUGUCAAACUUUGAAGUUAAAUUUAACAGAAGGAUUCUCUGCUACUAUCAUCACACUUCUUGGUCAACUUGGGAGGCUUGGAGUUGGUGCUGGCGGAUACGACGAUCCUGGUGUUCAGAAAUUAAGAGACUACUUCUCAAAGUUUGCUCAGGAAAUCACAUUCAAGAGAUUAAGUAUUCCUGUUCAGAUUGCCCUUAUAACUUCUUUGCUUUGUGUCAGUCCUAUCAAAUUUGAAGAGAUCACUGAAGAUAAAACUGAAACUCCAGCAACCACGAGUAGUCCCUAUAGUUUUGUAAGGGAAUGGUUUUUUUCCUUGAGUCACGAUCUACAGUCGUCCUUGAGGCCUCAUUUUGCUGCAAGCCAGGGCAACUAGCAGAUCAGUCUCCGGUUCGAUCAAAUUGAGCUCUGAGUCCUGUUCUUUUCGAAGAAGUUUGUGUACAGCAAUGGAUAACCAAGUGCCAAGGUCGUCUUCUCCAAUUUUUUCUCAAGUUAAACUGAGCUGCUUAUUUCAGAGUUUCAGAAACAUUUACACUUGGUAUUAUUGGAAGCCAUCGGUAUUUGCUUUCACACGUAUGCUUAUGCAUCUUUCUUCUGUUGAAGGAUUUGGAUUUGGAUUUGGAUUUGGAGUUCGUUUGAGCA